AUGCAACUCGCCUUCAAGCCCAGUUUCUCCAGCAGGCACCGCCUCCAUUGCGUGGGUCCCACUCCAUGGAGACGCUGUAAAAGUGUCGCACCUUUCCCUACCAAUCCCUCGCUGGCGAAUCUCGGCAUCAACAGCGGCUUUAAUGGGAAUUUUCUCUUUCGCGAGAAACAGCCCGCCUUCGUAGAACCCCGGGCCGAAUUGGCGAGAUCCAGCGACGGGCCGCUGCCCGCCGCCACGGUGAUGCAAACGCAGUUCCCCGAUUCGAAGCCCGAGUAUGGCGUGGUCAAGACGCGUCCUCCUCUGGAGGGCUUAGAUGACUAUCCCCUAUUGGUGGAGGUUAAUGCUUUAGUGUUUGUUAGGCAAAAAUUUACUGAAACUCUUGCAAGUCUUAUUGUUAACAAACUUAGAGCUGGAAUUAAGGUUUGUGUUGUGAAAGCACCUGGAUAUGGUGGAUAUGGUGAAAACAGAAAGUCUUUUGCAAGAUCGUGCUGCCUUAAUUGGAGGCCAUGCAAGUACAUGUACAAGCAUGUUAUUAUUGAGGAGGUUGAAAUGAACCUUGAAAAUGUCAAGUUGGACAUGCUGGCUCAUGCAAUAUGUGCUUUCAAAAUACCUCAUAAUUUCAUUAUUGAUCAAACUAAUCUGUACAAGAAUGCUCGCAGACGCAAACUAAAACUAUUUGCAGAUUUUGUAACGCUUGCUGCUGUGGUCUUUCCAAGAGUAGAAAAAAUCAAAUUCCAUGGUGAUAAGAGAUUUCAAGAGAUGGGAAAGGCAACUGAUUAAGAAGCCAAUUAUAAUAUGCCCACAACAAGGACAUGAAUAUAGCUGAUGAAUACUUCGAUCAGCUAAUUGUGGCAUAAACUCCACCAAUGUCAUACAACAUGAGGAGAAUGCACAAAACUGUUGAUUUGGAAAGGGACACGACGAGUCUAGCCUCUUCACCAUGCUGUUGGAGGAUUAUAUACCGAGGCCAUAAGAUUGUUGCUUCUUUGUGGGGCUUGUCCAACCAAAACAAAAUUUAUAGAAAGGUAAGCGUAUGUUUGGAAUUUCCCUCCAGUUUUACUACAAACGAAAGAAAAAAUGUAUCUGAACAUUGGCUCAGAUGCUAUUUGUAAAGACUUUACUGAGCUUUUUGAUUCUGGAAGUGAAGCGAGGAAGACAUUGGAAGAGGCUACUGAGGUUAUGCUUGGCCUUUAAAUUAUGAAGCAACAAUAAUUGAAUACAAAAUACUACAUCAAGACCAGGUCACCCACAUAUUUUAUCUACAGUUGCUGAGUUACAGUUUUAUUUGUUCAAUUAGUCUAUAAUUUAUGGGUCGAGCACAUGAGGUUUUAACCAUAUUUGUUGUUUCAUUCACUUGUCUUGCCAAGUUAAAAAACAGUGUAGAAUUUAUUUCCCAAUAGCUACAGAUUAGCCAUUUCGUUAUUCUUCCACAUGCAUGUGUGCCUAGAGCAUUUUUUACACUUGAAGGUGAGUUCUUUUUCUGCAUAUGAGAAAAAGGGAGUCGAGAAUUUCUGUGAGAGAAAUGUCACCAUAUUAGUAAAUUAUAAUUUAAUCAAGCAGCCUUUUUCGCUUUUUUUGUUUUAGUUUCAGGCAUGAAAAAUGAAGUGGGUGAAGUUGUGUGACAUUCCAUAUAAUUUGAUUCAUUCCCUAAGACUGUUGCACCAUAUGCUCAUGUUCUGCAUGUGUUUCUUUCUUCAAAUAUCUAAAACAUGUAAACAACUUCCAAAACACAAUUAAAAUUAUGUGGUCAAUUUAUGUUGCAAAAUUUGUUAGAUUUAAGACAGUAAUCAUUGAUCAGGACAGUUCAAAUGUCAAGAAAACAAACAACGUACUGUACUGCCCAUUCUUUUUCCUCAUUUUGCAUCGAUUGAUUGAUUGUUUUAUCUAGCAACGGUUAUUAUUAUUCUUCAGGCAUGAUCUCCCGCUACCUCUUUGCCUCAUCGGGUCUAGAGAAUGAAGACAUCGUGAAACAACUCCGUGGUCUCUUAAAGCUGCGCAUUCGAGUUCUUGGGUUGGUAAGAGAAGCUCGAAAAGCAACAAUGCGACAAAUUGGGAGACACAUAUCUAUGGUCUUAUGGUGUACUUUUAAAUAUCUGGAUGAUGUUUAAAACCAAGGGAAUUUAAAUUGAGAGUGGUUCUUUUGUUGUUGCAUGUUUAGGCUUCAGAUUUCAUAUUUAGUCAUGUAAUACUUUUGAGUUUCUUUUCCCUUUUUUUGAGUAGAUUUCUGUUUCAUUGGUAGGGGUUUAACUAAUUAAUACACAUGGUAAAAAAC